AAACACUUUUGUUUUCUCUAUUACUACUACUUUACUUAGAUAAGAAAAAGAAAACCCACUUGCAGAACUUCAUCUUUGCGUCACCAUCGAAAAUAAAAAAUAAAAUAAAAAAACUCCAAAAUUGAAUGAACAAUGAACAGCGUUGAAAUCGUCCAAUCAUAUCCAUUCAACUCUCUAUCAAUUUACCAUAACACCCCUCAUCUUCGCCAAGUGUCAAAAAACCACUCUUUCACUCUCAGCCAAAUAAACUGUGCUUUAGAUACACAGAUACAAACUCUCUCCUCAAAAUCAAAACUCAAUCGAAAAUCAACAAUGAGUUCUUCUGUGAUGAGAAAGCUUGAUGUAGUUUCUCCGGUUCCCGCCGAUAUUGAUAUUGCUAACUCCGUUCAACCUAUUCACAUCGAUGAAAUUGCCAAGACUCUUAAUCUUACUCCCAAUCAUUACGACCUUUACGGAAAAUAUAAGGCCAAGGUUUUGUUAUCUGUUUUGGAUGAUCUGAAAGAAUCGAAAAAUGGUUAUUAUGUUGUGGUUGGAGGGAUUACUCCAACUCCUCUUGGUGAAGGCAAAUCUACUACUACUGUUGGUCUUUGUCAAGCUUUAGGUGCUUUUCUGGAUAAAAAGGUGGUCACCUGCGUUCGUCAACCAUCACAAGGACCUACUUUUGGAAUCAAAGGAGGUGCAGCUGGUGGUGGUUAUAGCCAAGUGAUUCCCAUGGAUGAAUUCAAUCUUCACCUAACAGGAGAUAUCCAUGCAAUAACUGCAGCAAACAAUCUUCUAGCCGCUGCAAUUGAUGCCCGGAUUUUCCAUGAAUCAACACAAUCAGAUAAAGCUCUUUUCAACCGGUUAUGCCCUGCAAAUAAAGAAGGAAAAAAGAGCUUUAAUGAUGUCAUGUUUAGGCGUCUCAAGAAGCUUGGCAUUUCAAAGACUAAUCCAGAUGAUCUUACACCAGAAGAAGUAACUAAAUUUGCUAGACUUGAUAUUGACCCUGAUUCUAUUACAUGGAGGAGAGUAAUGGACAUCAAUGACCGGUUCCUACGGAAAAUUUCGGUUGGUCAGGGACCUGAUGAGAAAGGAAUGGUAAGAGAAACAGCAUUUGAUAUUUCUGUUGCUAGUGAGAUAAUGGCUGUUUUGGCAUUGACAACAUCCCUAUCUGAUAUGCGCGAGAGGCUUGGGAAAAUGGUUAUUGGAAAUAGCAAGAGUGGUGACCCUGUAACUGCUGAUGAUCUAGGUGUUGGAGGUGCUUUAACUGUUUUAAUGAAGGAUACCAUUAACCCUACUCUUAUGCAAACUUUGGAAGGAACACCUGUUUUUGUUCAUGCAGGUCCAUUUGCAAAUAUUGCUCAUGGAAAUUCUUCUAUUGUGGCUGAUAAAAUUGCACUAAAGUUGGUUGGACCAGGUGGAUUUGUAGUUACUGAAGCUGGUUUUGGAUCUGAUAUUGGAACUGAAAAGUUCAUGAACAUUAAGUGUCGAUAUAGUGGUUUGUCACCCCAAUGUGCAAUUAUUGUUGCAACAAUAAGGGCACUAAAAAUGCACGGUGGAGGGCCUGCAGUUACUGCUGGAAAACCUCUUGAUCAUGCAUAUUUGAAUGAAAAUGUUGCUUUGGUUGAGGCUGGUUGUGUGAAUUUGGCAAGGCAUGUAAUAAAUUCAAAACUUUAUGGUGCGAAUGUCAUAGUUGCUAUCAACAAGUUUUCAACCGACACUGAUGCUGAGCUAAAUGCGGUUAGAAAAGCUGCCUUAGAUGCCGGAGCUUAUGAUGCUGUAGUAUGUAGCCAUCACGCCCAUGGUGGCAAAGGAGCAGUGGACCUGGGCAUUGCAGUUCAAAAAGCUUGUGAGAAUGCGACACAGCCAUUGAAGUUCUUAUAUCCUUUGGAUAUAGGUAUAAAAGAGAAAAUAGAGACAAUAGCAAAGUCAUAUGGAGCCAGUGGCGUUGAGUACUCAGAGCAGGCCGAGAAGAAGAUUGAGAUGUAUACCAAGCAAGGAUUUUCAGGACUUCCAAUCUGUAUGGCUAAGACUCAGUAUUCUUUCUCCGACAAUGCAGCAGCUAAGGGAGCUCCAACUGGGUUUGUCUUACCAAUAAGAGAUGUAAGGGCUAGUAUUGGAGCUGGAUUUAUUUAUCCUUUAGUUGGAACAAUGAGUACCAUGCCUGGGUUGCCAACAAGACCAUGCUUCUAUGACAUUGAUAUCGACACAACAACCGGAAAAGUCGUAGGUCUCUCUUAAUUAUGAAACCUCUAUCUAGUGGAUCACGCACUAGCAGCUGCAAAACCUUCGCGGACGCUAUUACCAAAUUCCCAAGUGUUACAACACCAUAUUCCUCCAUGAUGUUCUCUUGUUUCUUUGCUUAAUGGAAUAAUUAUCUGAGGAGAUAUUGUGUACUUUUUGUUCAUGUUACCCUUUAUGAUAAUGCAUAAUUUAAUUUAUGGAAAA